AUGGCUGGUACUUAUGACACAGAACAGCAAAGAAUUAUCGAUAGAAUCAAAUGUAUUGCUUUUCGUGAAGCUCGGGAUGCCGUUACAACAUUUAUUAAUCGACAAUGGAUUGCAGACAAAAUUCAUCGUACUACGCGAUUUGGUACAGAAUGGUGGGAAAAGUCAUAUGAUGAUUGUUUUGCUGAUUAUUCCGAACGUGGUCGUACACUUAAACUAUCAGAUGCAAGUAGAAACCUCAUUCUCAGUGUAAGUGGUAAACAAAGAAAAAGUAUUUAUGUUAUGAUGAAAGAAAUUGCAGAAAAACACAAGGAAUAUGUUGUUUCAAAAACAAUUGCCAAUUAUCGUCAUAGAGAAGGAAUAAAGCCGUUUCAUGUUAUUCCAAGGCCGUUAAAAACAGAAACUCAUAUCUCAGACAGGUUGUGGUUUUGUGAUUGGUUAAAAUAUUGGACUCAAGAGGACUUUCUCCAUCUUGCAUCAUCGGAUGAAUUUUAUACUUGGACUGUGCGCAGAUCAAAUUAUCAGAAUGAUCGAAUUUGGGCAAAAAGUGUUGAAGAUAUUGAAGAUGAUGAAAGAUAUCGCGAAAUGGUUAAAAACCAAGCGUGCAUCGGCAUUUUUAUCAUUUUCACUGAAAAAAAGUUGCAUUGGGUACUUAAAGAUAAAGGUGAAUCGUGA